CGAUAGACAGCGCUUAGCUUUGAUAGCGCGUAUUCGAUUAUCGACACAAUUUUUACAUCAGCGUUGACGUUUGCUCAUGCACAUCGUGUCCGCUGGCGCCAGGGCUCUGAAUCCUUUCGGCAGUCGCGGUAUCUCGGCGAUUAAAUUCCAGGGGAUCAAUAAAUCCUCGUUCAGCUAUCUGUGCAUUUCGCAAAGAGUCAGCCCCGAAUUCGCUCGAGUGAACAAUCUCAUUUCUCAUUUACAUCAAUAUUCAAACUUUGCCAAAAUUAGCCCACAAUAUUCUUCCUUUUCCACAUCCGCACAACAACUCACAGCAAAAAUGGAAGAGUCAAGUAAACCUCUCCGAUAUGUCGAUAUCGGCAUCAACCUGAGUGAUCCGAUGUUCCGUGGUCAUUAUCAUGGGAAGAAAGCCCACGACGAUGACUUGGACGAUGUUAUCCAGCGUGCAAAGGAUGUCGGCUGUGCUAAGUUCAUGGUGACCGGCUCAGAUCUAGUUGAAUCUGAAGCAGCCGUGCAAUUAGCCCGAGACUACCCUGGCUUCUGCUAUGCGACUGUCGGUGUGCAUCCAUGCCAGGCAAAGCUCUUCGACGAGCACCCCGGCGGCCCAUCGAAGAUGAUCGAGGAACUGCGAAAGUUAGCCCUCGAGUCCAAAGAGGCAGGUCUGGCUGUCGCCUUUGGUGAAAUUGGCCUCGACUAUGACCGGUUGUUCCUCAGCAAGAAGGAGCCGCAACUGAAGUACUUUGAGGCUCAAUUAGACCUCGCCAUUGAAGUCGGGCUACCAUUGUUCCUCCACUCCCGAGCCGCGAGCGAAGACUUUGAAAGACUGCUGGCCACGAGGCUGGACAGGCUUCCUAAGGGUGGUCUGGUGCACAGUUUCACGGGAACGAUGGAGGAGAUGCAGCGGCUCGUGGCGCUCGGUCUGAACAUCGGCGUCAACGGCUGCAGCAUGAAGACGGAAGAGAAUCUGGAAGUUGUGAAGGCCAUUCCGUUAGAAAGGUUACAAAUUGAGACUGAUGGUCCUUGGUGUGAGAUCCGUCCCUCGCAUGCAUCGGCCAAGCACUUGAACGGAGCUCCUGAUCUACCCAAGUCGGUCAAGAAGGAGAAGUGGCAGAAGGGUAUGAUGGUCAAGGGACGCAAUGAGCCCGUGGCCAUUGCCCGCGUUGCCCAUGUUAUUGCUGCGAUCAAGGAGAUUACCGUGGAGGAAGUGUGCGAAGCUGCUUGGAACAAUUCCAUCCGAAUGUUUGGACUUGGUGAGGAGUCUCAGUAGCCUUGAUGUUGCAUUUACCUGUCUGGUACUGCACCUCAAACUGCUGCUGCUCCAGGCCUUCCAGCCUCGACAGCCACAUCCCCAUUGAUGACCAGAAUCCGGGGCUCGUGUCCUUCAAUCACGAUUCUUUUCUCGAUCAUCUGAUCCUCUAUUCUAACAGCCAUCUCAUUGAAAGUCUAUCACUACCUGAUUUCCUUGAUCAGCUCAUCAUUCCUCAGUCCUGAAUCCUCGAUACUGACCUAUAUAACCGCGGUAUGCAUGAGCAACUAUCCGGGUAUUUAUUUUAUAAAUAGAGAGCUCGAGUUCGAUGCGAGGGCUAGAGUGAGUGGGGAGAGGCACCUCAUGCGGUAUGGGACAAGUAUAACCAGGAAGCCCUAAGUUGGCAUGUCGAUAUAGCUUCAUUCAUGGAGCUGUGCUAGAAGCUGCUCGUCACCGAGUGUUAAACAUCAAUUAUUUUCAUUUCCAUUCCCUUUCUUUUAUCAUUUUGGCUAUCUUCAUGUGUGUUUGCUUCAUCUUCGGCGCGUCUAUGACAUGACAUGAUCACGUACGGAUCUGGCGGUGUUUGCCCCAUGUUUGAGCUUACAUUCGCAGACGCUUCGUCGAAGAGGAAUAUUGCCAGUCUGUGCAGCAGUUUUAUGCCAUGAAUAACAUCCGUUGCGUCUGUAUCCCGGUGGUACCCAACAAAGAAGGGACUGUUAAGACUCCUGAUGAGACGGUUAGCACCAUUAUGGAUGCUCUUAUGGACAAGAUGAGUCAUC